AUGGAGAACCAGGAGAUCUCCACCUCUCAUGGGACCGAGCCUUCGUCCAAAAAUCACCAUAAUGACCCUCGCGAACUUGUGGACUUGACUGGAAACGUCUACAGCACAAUUCCACCUGGCUUCGAGCCAGUUUUUACAUUUGCAUCAGAGGACCUCCCAGGAAACGAUAGAGAGGAUGUAACAGUCAUCGACAAGGUUGAUAGCACUUCCAUCAAAGAUGGCGUGAUAGUCAUAGGUACCGAGACCUGGGAACCUUUCACUUGGUAUACAAGGCAUAAGCAGGAGACUGUCACUCUUGUCUUGCGUCCUACGGGGGCCACGAGCAGCAAUAACGAUAUACUCAGCAUCAUCAGUCAUUUGACGCUGCCAGAUGCAACUCCUACAGCCUUGAGCAAGGAGUUAUCUUCAAGUUCGUCAACUUCAGAGAGUUCGACAAUUCCAACUGCUGAAUCUUCCAACAGCUCUCUAUCUGCAGGUGCAUGGACCUUUAUAUUAAUUAUGGCUGUAUUUUUCCUUGUCCUAUCCGUCAUUGUCGUUGUGCUUUUAGGGCGCGGUUCGCGUUCCAGGCACAAUCAGAACAAUUUCAACUUCCAGCUUGACAAUGGUCCCUUUGGGCAUGCUUACACGGAGCCUGUGCAACCUGUAGAGCCAGCUCCAGCAAUUUUGAAGUCAUAA